UUUAUUUUGGUAACCCCGCACCGGAAAUGCCUUCCUUCCUACUGUUAGCUUGACGCCGCUUUGACCCGCAGACCGACAGUGUCAGAGUCAGGAAACAGACGGAACCGAGCCGAGCCGAGCCGAGCCGCCGCAGCUUAUCAGGGAGAUUUACCAGUGUCCCCGCGCGGAGCUCAGGGUUUAUCCGAAGAUGGAAGAUCCUCCCGGGGGGAAAGACAGCGUCUGAACAGGAACCGCCGUGAAACCGUCCGUUAGAAACGGGCUGGUUUAUCCCUGAGGUUGCGGUCGUUUUAGGCAGGUAGAUGUUAGCAGGCACCUCGACUAGCCGUUCAGUUCGCUGCCCUGUUUCCACCAGUACUUAACUAACAGGUUAACUAACUAACUAGCAGCCUAUGGUGGCUGCGGUGGCCGAGCUGCUGUUCAGGGCGGGAAUGGAUAUUUUUCACCUCCCAACCGUUGAAAUACACGUGUGAACCGAUCCGGUUUAUUCCCGGGUUAUUGUCUUCAAGGAGACAACGGCGGCUGCUGCUUCAGCUCCUCUCCAGAUGUGGAGCCAGGCUCGGGCUCGGUAUGACUUCUGAGCGGACAUGGCGGGCUGGAGGAACCUCCCGAGAGGACUCUUAGCUCCACAGACUGAAUCCAGAUGUGAGUUUUGUUUUGACCGUUUGGUGUCACUGAGGCGAACAGCAGCCCUCUGAGAGAAGGCUUCACCGCAACAGAUUAGGCUGAUAACUUUGACAUAAACCAGGUUUUUACUUCGAAGAGGAGAUGAAGAGGACGGAAAAUAAAAACAAGAGGAAGCUGUGUAGUUUGGAGCAGCAGAGGAGCAGAGAGGAGCAGAAAGAUGAGAAGGAGUUUGCAGCUCCUCCCCCUCUGCUGUUCAGGAAGCUGAGUAAUCCCGACCUGUCGCCCGCGGCAACCACCGCUACAAAGUCCAAACUGCACCGACAGCUGAGCCAGGAUGAGAGCCGGGCCCGACGCAGCAGCCUGGCCAUGACCGGGAAGCAGCUGCUGCCUCUGUCCUGCAGCCUGCACGCCGGAGUGAGCCAGCUGGCCUUGCAGGGGCCCCCUGGAGCCCUCGGAGGGCCGUCAGGAGGCGGAGGAGACGGGAACAACCUGGUGCGGAUGAGGAGUCAGGUUCUGGGGCAGUCUGCGCCCUCGCUCACUGGACUGAAGGAGUUGAGCCUUCCCAGAAGAGGCAGUUUCUGUCGAGCGAGCAACAGGAAGAGUUUGAUUGUGACGUCCAGCACCUCCCCGACUCUUCCUCGACCGCACUCACCUCUGCACGGACACACAGGCACCAGCCCACUGGACAGCCCUCGCAACUUCUCCCCCAACACAGCUGCACAUUUCUCCUUCGUUCCUGCUCGGAGCCACGGACACAGAGCCGACAGGACUGAUGGCCGACGCUGGUCUCUGGCCUCGCUGCCCUCCUCUGGGUACGGCACCAACACCCCCAGCUCUACUGUCUCCUCCUCCUGUUCAUCUCAGGAGAAGCUCCACCAGCUGCCCUUCCAGCCCACCCCAGACGAGCUGCACUUCCUCACCAAACACUUCAGCUCUGAGAGCAUUACGGACGAGGAGGGCCGCCGCUCCCCCGCCAUGAGACCGCGCUCCCGCAGCCUCAGCCCUGGACGCUCGCCGCUCUCCUUCGACCAUGAGAUCAUGAUGAUGAACCAUGUCUACAAGGAGCGCUUCCCUAAGGCGACGGCUCAAAUGGAGGAGCGUCUGGCCGAGCUGCUCGCCUCCUCGGCCCCGGAUAAGGUCCGCCCACUGGCCGACGGCGUCCUGAGCUUCAUCCACCACCAGCUGAUCGAGCUGUCCAGAGACUGCCUGGAGAAGAGCCGCGAGGACCUCAUCACCUCCCGCUACUUCUACGAGCUGCAGGAGAACCUGGAGAAGCUGCUGCAAGACGCUCACGAGCGCUCAGAGAGUGAGGAGCUGACCUUUGUCACACAACUGGUGAAGAAGCUAAUGAUCAUCAUCGCCCGGCCAGCCCGACUCCUGGAGUGUCUGGAGUUUGAUCCAGAAGAGUUUUACCACCUGCUGGAAGCAGCUGAAGGCCAUGCCAAAGAAGGUCAGGGCAUCAAGAGCGACAUCCCGCGCUACAUCAUCAGCCAGCUCGGCCUCACCAGGGACCCUCUGGAGGAAAUGACCCAGCUGAGCAGCUACGACAGCGGGAACCCAGAAACCCCGGAAACCGACGACUCUGUGGAUAGCCAAAGUACCACCGUCCCUGCAGCUCCUCCACAGGCUAAAACCAAAACCCCUCGAGAGGAGGACUUUGACACCAUCAAGCUCAUCAGCAACGGGGCUUAUGGGGCUGUGUAUCUGGUGCGUCACAAGGAAACCAGGCAAAGAUUCGCCAUGAAGAAGAUCAACAAGCAGAACCUGAUCUUGAGGAACCAGAUCCAGCAGGCCUUCGUGGAGCGGGACAUCCUGACCUUUGCUGAGAACCCGUUUGUUGUCUCCAUGUUCUGCUCGUUCGAGACCCGGAGACACCUCUGCAUGGUGAUGGAGUACGUGGAGGGUGGAGACUGCGCCACGCUGCUGAAGAACAUCGGAGCUCUGCCCGUCGACAUGGCUCGGAUGUACUUCGCCGAGACCGUCCUGGCGUUGGAGUACCUCCACAACUACGGCAUCGUGCACCGAGACCUCAAACCUGACAAUCUUCUCAUCACGUCACUGGGACACAUCAAGCUGACGGACUUCGGCCUCUCCAAGAUCGGCCUGAUGAGUUUGACCACCAACCUGUACGAAGGACACAUCGAGAAGGACACCAGAGAGUUCCUGGACAAGCAGGUGUGCGGCACACCAGAGUACAUCGCCCCGGAGGUGAUCCUGCGUCAGGGCUACGGCAAGCCGGUGGACUGGUGGGCGAUGGGGGUCAUCCUGUAUGAGUUCCUGGUGGGCUGUGCGCCGUUCUUCGGAGACACGCCGGAGGAGCUGUUUGGUCAGGUCAUCAGUGAUGAGAUCGUGUGGCCAGAGGGCGACGAGGCGCUGCCUCAGGACGCUCAGGACCUCAUCUCAAGGCUGCUCCGACAGAAUCCUCUGGAGAGACUUGGGACAGGAGGAGCCUUUGAGGUGAAGCAGCACCCGUUCUUCACGGACCUGGACUGGAACGGGCUGCUGAGACAGAAAGCCGAGUUCAUCCCUCAGCUCGAGUCCGAGGACGACACCAGUUACUUUGACACUCGUUUGGACCGGUACCACCACGUGGAUUCAGAGGAAGAAGAUGACACCAACGAUGAUGAACAUGUAGAGCUACGACAGUUCUCCUCCUGCUCGCCUCGCUUUAGCAAGGUGUACAGCAGCAUGGAGCGCCUGUCUCUCCACGAGGAGAAGAGGACUCCUCCUCCCACCAAGCGCAGCCUCAGUGAGGAAGGAGGAGAUCGCAUCGACAGCCUGAGCGGACUCAAAUCCCGGGAUCGAUCUUGGCUGGUUGGAUCUCCAGAGAUUCUGCGGAAGCGUCUGUCCGUCUCGGAGUCGUCCCACACGGAGAGUGACUCCAGCCCUCCUCUGACGGUCAGGAGGCGCUGCUGCUCCGCCAUCAUCGAGAUGCCACGCUUCGCCAUCUCCGCUGAGGAGGAUGGAGCUCAAGGGGGCGCCGGGAGCAGAAAGAGUCCCAGUCUGCUGGGUCCAAACGCAGUGAGGGGCCCGCGCUCCGAGGAGCUCCCGCUCACCAUCCCAGAGCUCCCAGUGGAGAGGGAGCUGAAGCUGGACGAGUCUCCCACCACACCGAGCUCCACCUACAGCCAGCUGAGCAAGUCAACACUUACACCGGGCAGCUCCGGGGACGUCAGUGAACGAACAAACGGCGGCGCAGCGACCAAACCGGCUGCAAACGGCGACUCUCCGUCCACUCCAAAGGCCAUCAGCGACCUGGCGGCUCGCAGGGCUCGCCAUCGCCUCCUGUCCGGAGAGGCAGACAAACAGGCGACGAGCCCCAGCCCCCGGCCGUUCACCAAGGUCAUCAAGUCGGCCUCAGCCAACACGCUGUCGCUGGUGAUCCCUGGAGAUCAUCACGGAGCAUCCCCAUUGGCCAGCCCGAUGUCUCCUCACUCACUGUCGUCCAAUCCGUCGUCCCGGGACUCCUCUCCAAGCCGCGACCUGUCCCCGGCCGUGACCAACAUCAAACCCGCCAUCGUGAUCCACAGAGCGGGGAAGAAGUACGGCUUCACCCUGAGGGCCAUCCGGGUCUACAUGGGAGACACGGACAUCUACACCGUACAUCACAUGGUCUGGCAUGUGGAGGAGGGGGGUCCGGCACACGAGGCGGGGCUCAGGGAGGGCGACCUGAUCACCCAUGUGAACGGCGAGCCGGUCCACGGUCUGGUUCACACUGAGGUGGUGGAGCUCAUUCUGAAGAGCGGAGCCAAAGUGUCCAUCGCCGCCACCCCGUUUGAAAACACGUCCAUCAAAGUCGGCCCGGCCCGCAAGACGAGCCACAAGUCCAAGAUGGCGAGACGCAUGAAGAAAACGAAGAACAAGGAGGGACAGGACAGCAAGAAGAAGACGUCUCUGUUUAGGAAGAUCACCAAGCAGGCGUCGCUCCUCCACACCAGCCGCAGUCUGUCCUCCUUGAACCGCUCGCUGUCGUCAGGGGAGAGUGGCCCCGGCUCACCAACUCAUAACCUGUCGCCACGGAGCCCCACGCAGGGCUACAAGUCCACACCAGACUCCGCCCCCUCAGUUGGAGGAAACUCGUCCCAGAGCAGCUCCCCCAGCUCCAGCGUUCCCAACUCCCCAGCGAGCUCCGGACACAUCCGACCCAGCUCCCUGCACGGCCUCGCCCCGAAGCUCCAGCGCCAGUACCGCUCCCCCCGUCGCAAGUCUGCGGGUAAUAUUCCCCUCUCCCCUCUGGCCCGUACACCUUCCCCCACCCCCCAAGGCAGCUCCCCUCAGCGCUCCCCGUCUCCGCUCCCCAACCACACCGUGGGUCAGUCCUUUCCCGUGAAGCUCCACUCCUCCCCUCCACUGGUCAGGCAGAUCUCCAGGCCCAAGAGCGCCGAGCCGCCGCGCUCACCGCUCCUCAAGAGGGUCCAGUCAGCUGAGAAACUCGCUUCCUCACUCUCCAGCUCCCCUUCAUCUCCUGCCGCCGUGGGAGGAGCAGUGGGAGCAAUGGUGGGAAGUCGAAAACACAGUCUGGACAUCUCCCAUUCGGAGUUUAAGAAGGAGAUUCUGCAAAGGGAGCCGAGCUUACAGAGCCUUCAGGAGUCGGCCAGCGAGGGGCUGCUGUCAUCAGCUGGGCGUGGCGUGGAGAAGGGCAGCCUGCACAAGCAUGCCUCCUCAUCCAGGAAACUAGGCCGUCAGGAAGGGGAUGGUGCCCUCAGCUCGGUGACCGGAUCACUCGGUCUAAGCCCCGGGAAAAGCAAGCUGAAAGACAAACUAUCUGCCAUCCGACAAGACCGAGCCGAGCGGCGGGAGUCACUGCAGAAACAAGACGCCAUCCACGAGGUGGACUCCUCAGAAGACGAGACGGACGAAGGCUCAGAAGACAGCCAGGACGGACGCAGGGUGGCCACCUUCACCCCACCCCCCCUGCUGAGGCCCACCUCGGUGAGGACAGGCCCCGGUGGCACACUGCCGUCCCUUUGCCUCUCCCCCUGCACCCCCCACGCCACCUUCUGCCACACAGGGCCGCAUCAGGUUGGCAGGAUGACCCCUUCCAUCACAGACCAGAAGCCAACUCACAGUGGCACCUCUGGAGCCGGAAAAGAUGGAAGUUCGGUCUCAUCUGCAGUAGGGGCAGACAAACUGGAGAGGAAUGUUCCAGAACUGAGCGGAUCCUCUAAACCCACCCAGGUUCCCCUCCCCUUCUCCACCCCCGGCAGCGCGUUCAUCUCGGUCAGCAAGCCAACCCCCCAACAAGAGCCCCAGAUUUCAUCCAAUCAGAGUCAGCAGAGACCCAUAGCGCCGCCUGCUGUUAGCUCUUUAAGUUCCCCCGAUUGUAGAACCACAGAGACCCGGGAACCCCCCCGCGCCUCCUGCUCCUCCCCCGGCAUUCCUAAAGAGAAAAAAGAGGCAGAUAACAGGAGGCUUUGUGCAGCUGCAGCCACUGCUGGUCCAAGCACCUCCUCUUCAUCAGUCUCCACGCCAACCUCAGGCCACCCGGCCCCGCCCACUGAGAGUGGCAUGGACAGGGUCGUGUCUCAGCUUGCUACAGUAGCGAAGAGCGUCCUGGCUCCCGUCAAGCUCGUCACGUCUUCAGACAAAACCACAAAGGACCAGAAACCUGUGGCUGCCUCCCAGUCCUCACACCCGUCCCUCAGCAAACCCAAGAUGGACCGCACAGCUUCCUUGACCAAAUCCUGUACCCAGAGAGACUCUGCAGUGCCACAAUCCUGCAGGGACCCAUCAGAACGACCCACAUCAGGGGCCGCCACUUCUACCCCAGAAUCAAACUCUACCACAUCCACUGUGACUUCUGAGCCACAGGUCCGAAGGUCAGAACCCCCCGCAACAACUCCCAGCACCACACCGGCCUCCUCUCAGCACGGCAGGAAGACGUAGUUGCAGAACGGGUCGCUCCACUCCGAGCUGCACCUUCAGAAUAACACUGAUCCGGUACUUUUAUCAGACUGAUGGAAGUCGAGCUCCAUUCUGACUGUUUUUAUGUUCAUGUGAGUUACAUCAGUGUUGUGACUUCUCUUCUAGCCAAGGCGAUACAUAAGGGGCUGCAAAUCUAAACAGCUGGCUGGUUCUGAAAACACUGAUAGACGUUUCUGCACUGACCCGUUAAUGACGUCUGCCUUUUCCAGAAUCAUCCGGUCACGACCUGGGAACGUUUUCACGCCAGCAUGAAGUUUAAAUGGAUCUGCGUCAUGAUGAGAACCACCACAACUAACCUGACUCUGCAGUGCUUCUGUUUGCUGACUGCAGGCUAAACUCUGGACCAGACCAUUUCGGGUCAAGCGUUAGAUUGUUAGUGAUGAGGUCAAUCAGAACAUAUUUAGAUUAUAAACGUCAGAAAACGAUGAUGAUCGUGUAGCUGCUGAACAUUUAACAGUUUAUGAAUCGACCGGAACCUCUGAGUAUCUGAAGCUGUCGAACUCAGAUCCGCUUCAGCAUGUAGGGAAAACAAAGGUUCAAACUCCCAACAAACAAGUCUGAUUAUCGCCCUCUGUAGGCCAAAAAUUCCUCUUUAAAUUCUGAACAGACAGAACAGGGUCCAGAUCAGCCCACACCUGCCUCUCCCACUUGUGUUUCAUAUCCAAGCCUUUUUGUUUAUUAUAUUCUAAAAACUGUAUUAAAUUUUGUUUCCAUUUAUUUUAGUUCUGAUUGUCCGUUGGGUCAUUUGACCCUGAGUGACCUCCUGCUGGUUAAUUUUGCCAAAGAACCUUUCCUUACAGAAGUAAAAUAAGGAAAACUGACUCUAAGUCCUAAAGAUUAUCUUUAAAGGCAUGAAAUGUUUCAAGGAAACAUGGCGUCGUUGCAUCAUCUUCACUGAAAAAAUAUUUAGUACAGCCUCUAAAAUAGACAUCUGUACCAAAUGAAUUCAGGUUUCCUAACAGCUAACGACCACCAGGGGGCAGCUCUCGUGGCUGCAGCAGUAAGUAGGCGAGGACUUUCUCACCACUCUGACUGGUUUGUAUUUAAAGGAACAUUUAUCUAUCAUGUCUAUGAUUGUUUGUUUACUUCUGGUAGUUCUUCACCCAACUGUCCUCGUUAAAAGAGGAAAUGUCCCUUUAAAUCAGAGUAACAUGAGAAUAAAGACCUGAAUAAAUCUUCAGCUGAAGCUACGUUGCCUUUAACAGGCAGCUGCUGGACCUGCAGCUCGUUGUCAUAGCGCCACCUUGUUGCCAUUGGCUCACGUAGCUUUUAAUGCAAACAUCUUCUAGUAAGUCUCCUGCAGCCUACUUAGUCAGAACUCAGAAGUCCAGUCUGUUAGCUUGACUGCACCCAGAGCGUCAGAACCUCAGAUCGGAUCUUCGAACCGCCGUCUGUUUAAUUUUCAGCCCUGUCCAGUUUCAUUUGGACCAACUUGCUGUAUUUUGCCUCUAAUCCUGUGAAGUUACCAGGCUUUACUUUGUGUGUGUGUGUGUGUGUGUGUGUGUGUGUGUGUGUGUGUGUGUGUGUGUGGACGUCAGUGCAUGGUUGUAUCUCUGUAUACGAGUAUUUAAGGUUGUGUUGUAUACCCUCUGUGUGUGUUUUAGGGUUAACGCUGUUCGGGAAUUUCUUGUAAAACUCUUUAAAGAGUUUUUCGGAUUCGUUCAAACAAAUCUCCGAUAAAUCAGAUUCUGUUUGGACCUGACGGCUCUGAUCUGUUGUUUAAUUUAGCUGGUUUGGUUUCCUCAUGUUGUGAUCCAGAGAGCAGGACUGAGAUAAGUCCAGCUCUGAUUGUCCUAUAUUUACGUGUUCUUCAUCUCUCCCAGUGGGUUUAUUGUGUCCCGCUAACUGAUCAGGCUGUUCACGGCGCUGCUUCUGCCUGAACUCGGACUCUUGGCAUGUUGUAAACGACUUUCAUGACGAUCUGCCACGUUCUGCCGUCUGUUGGUCUGCUCAGAGACAGAAACAAGCCAAGGUGGGACGAACCGACCUGGAGCAGAGAUCCGGUUUCUGAAAGUUAGUUCAUCAGCAGGCAGGACCUUCCUACCCUAAAACUCUACGUUUCUUACUUCAUUUGCUGCAUAAUUAGGAUUUAGUUUUUGCAGCAUGAACUGCAGAGAGAACUCACCAUCGUAUCCUCCGGAUCCUUGGUUCAUAAUUAUAUAUGACGGUAAAAACUAUUUCAUCAAAAUGAAUCUGAAUCAUUUGCCUGCAGGUCCAGAUUGAACCUUGAGUAAACAGGCCUGAUGUUAGGGGUUCCCCAAAGAGGAACCAUCACAUUUCAUUAUUCACAGCAAAGUCUGGCUGGAGAGACUUCCUGAACAAAGUUUAAACAUCUCCAAACUCAUUCAGGAAGUCGCAUCAGUCGAGGAAAAAUGAAACCGGUUUGUGUUUCUCGUUUCGUCCUGCUCUCCACAUUUCUGUCACUGAGGAGCUUCCCCUCACCUCCGACUCUGAGCAUCAGGAUGGGGAGGAAGAUGAUGAAGAGCUGGGAGAUGAACCCCAAACAAACAUUUAAAGAAAAAAGACUUUUACUGAUUCCUGAAGCUGAAGAAGAGGAGAGAAGAACGUUGCUAGAGUAAAACCAGUGCAAUAUGUUUUAUUUGAUCAUGUGGUAAAAAGCAUGUUGUUGUCAACCUUACCUUACAACAAUAAUAAAGUUUUUUUAUCAAUA